AUUUUCGUAUUUGCCAGUGUUUUCCUUCUUCUUCUUCUUCUUCUUCUUCUUUCGCACAUUGGCACAAGAAUCACCACUACCACCACUAGUAGCAAAGAUGACGGAGGCUAUGAUAAGGAAGAAGCCGGGCAUGGCGAGCGUGAAGGACAUGCCGGUCCUUCAGGACGGUCCGCCCCCCGGUGGGUUCGCCCCUAUCCGGUUCGCUCGCCGCAUCCCAAACAAGGGCCCCAGCGCCAUAGCCAUUUUCCUCGCUGCAUUCGGCACCUUCUCCUGGGGCAUGUACCAGGUCGGCAAGGGCAACAAGAUCCGAAGGGCACUGAAGGAAGAAAAAUAUUCUGCCCGUCGAGCCAUUCUACCCGUGCUUCAGGCUGAAGAGGACGAGAGAUUUGUAAAAGAGUGGCAUAAAUAUCUGGAGUAUGAAGCAGAAGUGAUGAAGGAUGUACCCGGCUGGAAAGUUGGUGAAAGUGUCUAUAACUCUGGGAGAUGGAUGCCGCCGGCAAGUGGUGAGUUGCGUCCAGAUGUUUGGUAAUGUUAAUUUCAGCUGCCUACUAUUAAGAAUUGGUUGCUUCACCAUAUAUUGUUUAAAAUAUGGUACUUUUGUCAAGUUUCUUUGAAAUAAAGUUGUAUCAGGAACCAUACACUUGUAAUUGUGUUGCACUAUUUGAAGACAGGAUUUUCUUUUUAAAUUUACUUUCUACUUGAAA